AUGUUUUUGGCCGAUCUUUGGCGCCUGUCCUUCAUCGGCAUCGCUAUCCCAUUGGCCAUUGCCCAUCCCGAAGAGCAUCCUGCAGUCGAGACCCAGGAGCGUGCUUUCCAAAACAGUGCCCAUUGUAGUCUAAAAAUGUGCAUCGAGAAAUUGGGGUCUAGCGGACACAAUGCCCGCUCAGAUGCUCGCCGUCGCAGCUUGUCCAGUCAUGGUACCGACACAAUCCUCACAAGUCCUACCUAUAUAGGCGAGGAGAGGAACAGACGCAAUGAGAAGCAGGAACGAAGGGAGGUGGACAAGAUGUUCAUGGUAGAGAAAUAA